AUGGUCAAUGCUAUCAAACGCUUUACUCAAGUCCAACAUAAGAACGGCUGUCACCUUUUUCUCGUCGAUAGCCCUGUAAAGUUACUCCGUAAUAUCAAAGAUGAAUUAACUGUAUCUAAUGAUAAGAACAUCAUUUUACGAGACACACGCAUCGUUAUUCCAAAAAGCUUGCGAGCAGAUGCCAUACGUUUAGCCCAUGUUGGCCACCAAGGCAUAGUUAAAACGAAGAGCCUAAUGCGAGAAAAAGUUUGGUUCCCCUUAAUUGAUUCACUUGUCAAAUCUGCUAUCGACAGCUGUAUACCAUGCCAAGCCACUGGACGUCCAAAACCACCACAACCUCUGUUAAUGCGCGAAAUACCCAAGGAGAACUUUGACACUGUAUACAUUGACUUUUUGGGUCCGUUACCAAGUGGAGAAACACUCUUUGUCCUAAUAGAUGGACGCUUCCGAUAUCCGGUAACAAAAAUUAUGAAGAAAACGGAUGCUCCUCACCUAAUUCCAUGUUUAGACGAGAUCUUUGCCACAUUUGGAUUACCAAAAAAAGUUAUCUCGGACAAUAGUCCACCGUUUCAGAGCAAAGAAAUAAAGAAAUUCAUGGAUGACAAUGGCAUUCAACAUAAAACAAUCACUCCAUUAUGGCCACAACAAAUGAAAGCGAAACUUUCAUGA